AUGAGAAAAAUUAUCAGAAACCGAUCUAGAUCAAAUGAUGGGUCUGGGUCAGUUUCGGUGGAACGCUCCGAGAAGAAAAGCAGGAGAUCCAAGAAAGUAUCGAAGAGAUCAAAGCGAUCCUUAGACAGAAAAUCAACCUCAAGAUCUCGGUCGCGCUCACGGCGCCGCUCCCCGUCUCCAAAAAAACGGAAUUCUAGGUCGAAAAGCAGAGAUCGUGGUAAAUACUCUGAUGAUCAAAACACAUCUGAUGAUUCCCGAGCUGGUUCGCCAGCGAAAAAGCGAAGAAGGGGAAGAAGAGGGCGCAAGUCAAAAAAGAGCCGAAAAAACGAUAAGUACAAAAACGAUGCGAAUUCAGAAGAUGAAGCUCCGCCAAAGGAUGAUGAGGCGGAACAGUAUGGGCUCGGAGAAGGGCCUAUGUGGACUGCACCUCGAGGUAGAGGAAUGGGCCGCGGCGGAGGAAGGUGGCCAGGAGCAGAAUUUCCCCGAGGAAGAGGCAGAGGUCGUGGGCUAAGAGGGAGAGGCUACUAUCGCCCAAACUACAUCGCUAUCGGAAGAAACAUUUUCCCUGGCGGAACUUCGGACGAGGACUCAUCGUCUUCUAGCAGCUCACGCUCCAGAUCUGGUAGACGAAGAAGAUCUCGGCGACACAAAUCCAGAAAGUCGAGACGAGGUAGAAGACGACGAAGGAAGUCGUACUCUUCAAGCUCCUCCAGGUCAACGACGCCUGAAGACAUGAAAAAUACGCCGGAGCACAUGAAAGGCCGCAGUCCCACUCCUGAACCUCCCAAAGAAAUUGGUUUGCUGGACAAGCUUAGACUCAAAGAGGACCAGGAAGAUGUAUCGCAUGAUCGCGUUCAGGAAAUAAUGCAGCAACUAGCGAGUGGCGCUACGGAGAUACGGCGCGGGCAAUUCGUUCAAAGCUUUUCAAAUCAAGACAUGUUUGAAAAUAACGAAACUCCUAUUCUUCGAAAAGAAAUGAAAGAGACAUCGGCUCAGCCGAGCUUUCCUCAGAUCCGAAGUGGACCUCCCCAGCCUCGUCUUUUCGAAGACUUACCCGCGCACUUGCUUGACCCUAAUGUUGACCGUGGAAUGGGCCUCAGAAAGCAAAUGCAAGAAGCAGAGAACCAAGAAAGGCAAAAAACUCUUGAAGAGAGCAUUCAAAAACAAGCAGAAAUGGACAAGCGAAUUAAAAGUAGAGUGGUUGCGCAGAACCCCGAAGAAGUUAUUGCUGCCCAGAUGAAAGCGGAGAAAUUAGCAAGCUCUUUCUUGGCUAGAAAAAGAUCCGCUGCGAACAUUAGAGCCGCAGUUCCGGAGAAGAAAGACGAUGAGCCUCCAAAACUAGCAUCACUUCCUCCUCUCAAAACGGAAACGAUUGACGAUGAUGCUGAAUUUCUAAAAAAUCUGAACAAGCAAUUUAACAGUGAAAGAGGCAUGAAGAUCAUGCCUAUUACCUCGAAAAUGUCAUUUGCUCAGAUCUCAUCAAAUGCGUCAACGAAGGGAAAGCUAAAAAUUGGUGGCUCUAAGGGUCUUGUUUCGAAAUUUCAAGCUCCGAAGAUUCUCGGAGUCAAGCCAAGAGUUCCAACAUCUUCUACGGAAACACAAGAUAUUCCUCAAUCAUCAGAGCAGAUCUCGCCCCCGAUUCAGCCUGAAAACGCAUCGCAAGAAACGCUCUUUUCCAGCGACAUUUUAUCUACUGCCCCAUUACUGGAUAAGAAUAUUGGCCCGAAAAGACCAGUAAUGAAGCCAAAGCCAACUGCAAGGAGAGCAACAUCAGGAAUCGUUCUGCCGAGUACAAUAUUAUCGCAAGUAAAGAGUCAGCCUGUUGAGAAUACUCCACGGUUUGAGAGUCAUGUGCCUAAAGCGACAUCUCCCGCCCCUACUUCAUUGUUCCCAAUUAAAACUGAACCAACCGUAUAUUCAUCUCCGAAGCUAAACGCUGGAUCGUCUGGUUUCAAGAUAGCGCCUCCGACUUCAAAUAUGCCAACCAGCAUUCCUUCCAUGUCUUCUAUUGCUUCUAUAAAGACAGAAACGAUAGAUCAAGUAAACAAUACCUUGGAAGCUCCUAAAACCCCUAUUGAUCGACCACCACCGCCUGUGAUUCGCCGGGAUGUUAGUGCACCAGCCGUUCUACCAAGUUCAAGCAAACCGGCAUUCGAAUUCAAUCAGAACAAGGCUCCACUUGAAAUAGACUUUUCGAAGCCCCCACCUGGGUUUUCUCUGCCUCCUCCAUCGUUCAGACCUGGACCGCCAUUUAGCACAUCGGUUCCACCUCCGACACUUCCUCCCUCGGCGCCGCCUGCGGUACCACCGCUGAUGCCAAGUGGUUCUGCAAGCCAGCCCCAGAUCUACUCCUCUAGUGGGCCGCCACCAGGCUUUCCUCCAAUGCUCAGUAUGAGCAGAAGUGAGCCAGAAAUAGUGCAAGAGAAAAAAGAGACUUACAACGAUGUCUAUAUUAUGUAUCCAAGCGUGUGGUUGGGAUUCGUUGGACUGAAAUCAAAAGCAGCAAUGAUUCAACUGCAUCAUAUUGGCGGAAAUCAACACAUUUCAUCUCGUCUUCUGAUGAAAAACCUAGUGCAUCCUUCAUCUGACGGAAGUAAACAUCCAAUUAUGAAAAUAAAAACCAGAGUGAAACUUGAUGGAAAAGCGGUCGAAACGAUCAAGAGAAAAUGGAAUGAUAUUCCAUACAAAUGCUGUACGAUGCUUGCGCUUCCGUACGGUGUCGAUCCUGACGAUACUGAAAAACAGAAACAGUGUUUAGAGAAAAACUUCUCCAAGUACUUUGCCGAUAAAAACUGCUGUGGCAACCUGUCGAUCACCCACGAAGAUCAGGAAUGGCAAAUUUUUAUAUUCCCCCCUUGUCAAUUCAUGGAUACGUCAUUGGAAGAAAAAGCUUCCGAUUUGAAGGCUGCAGUAGAAAAUUUACCGAAAUUAAUGAUUACUAUUACACCUAAAUAG